AAAACCUACUUGUCCUGUCCUGCUGGUCCGAUCGUAAUCUGCACCGUCGAGCUCCACAGCCACUGUGCUGCUCCUUGGAGUCUGUCUGCAUCAUUUCUUGUAAACCCUACACAUUCAAAGCACUGAUGGCUUUUUUACAUCGAGUAAAAGGAAUCUUGAGCCGGAGCUCGAUGCAGCAUCCGCUGUUAUUUGCAGCGCAAGGUGUCCGGCAUCGCAAGCUGGAAGUUAUCCUCACCACUACGAUUGAUAAGCUCGGGAAAGCCGGUGAAACGGUUAAGGUGGCGCCGGGGCAUUUCCGGAAUCAUUUGAUGCCAAAAUUGCUUGCUGUUCCCAAUAUCGAUAAGUUUGCGCAUCUUAUUCGCGAGCAGCGCAAGAUUUAUGAGCCUAAGGAAGUUGAAGGGGUUAAAGUAGUUUCGAAUACAGAGGAAAACAGCAUGAAAGAGUAUGAAGCAGCAGCAGAUCGCCUUUCUAAAACUAGACUGAAUAUAAGGAAGUUCAUUAUAGAGGGAAAAGGCAAUGAACUGCGUGAUCCAGUGACCAAAGAGGAAAUCCUGGCGGAGGUGCGUAGGCAGCUUCAGGUGCAAAUUGAAGCAGAAAAUCUGCACUUGCCAGCUCCUCUAUCAUCUUUGGGAGAGUUCAAGGUUCCACUCCGCCUGCCAAAGUCUAUUUCAAAAGCGGCUGGAAGCGAGUGGAUUCUCAAUGUCAAAAUUAGAAAAAGGUGAGGAUCAAUUAAGUGGUUAAUCAAUCAAUCAAUCAUCAGGUGAGUCUUCCUUUUGCCCCAUGAAGAUUUAUGUCAGAGAAAGCUAAUCAAAUGAUUUGGUUUAGCAAGAAAUUGUGAUAGCAGCUAGAGUUUUUUGUAAAUGCAUUCAUUCAUUCACUCAAUCAAGAA